AUGCCGCCCGCAUCACGCGCAACGCGCACCAAGAAGGAGCCCGCUGCGAUCGACCUCUCCUUCCUCUCGUCCGACGAGGAGUUCGCCGCUUUCAGGACAGAUUCGCCCAAGAAGGCCACCCAGUCCAAGCGCGCAUAUCGAGCGCAAACCUCCACCACGCGCACAAAGUCGGCCACACGCACAACCUCGUCUCGUGGCCAAGCAGCUCGCCACACCAAUGGUUCCAGCAGCCGCAGUGCGCCACGUCGCAGAUUCAGCCCCGUUGAUUCCGACGACGACGACGACGACGACGACGACCAGGCCAGCUCCGAUUCACCACAAGUCUCUCAGUCCACGCAAACCCGCCGCCUCCGACGCGGCUCAGCCGUCGCCUCCCAAAAGCAAACACGUUCGCGCGCCGCACCUGCCCCUCCUCCCGCUCGCGCCACUCGAUCGCGUCGCCCUCUCUUAGCAAACUACUCGGACGUCGACUCGGACGACGGAGACCACGGUCGCCGUUCCACAACAAGGGCUCCUGCGAGCAGGAAGCUCCGCGGGCUCGAAGACUUUGUCGUCGACGACUCGGACGACGACGAUCCUCCGCAGCACAACAACAAGCGCUCCACCAGAUCUGCCGCACCAUCCAGACCCACACGCAGGGUCUCCACAAGACAACAAAAGGCCGCCGCCAUCGAGUCCGACGACGAAGAGCAAGACGAGGAUGACGAUGCCGAGGAAGAAGAAGAGGAGCAAGAAGAUGAAGAGGACGACGACGACGACGACGACGACGACCUGACUCUCGGAUGCAGUGCACGCUCCAGGAAUCGCCAUACCCGUUCCAAUCCUCGCGCCAAGCGCCCAACCGCCCGUCGACCCAAAGUCAAGAGGGACGACACGGACGAUUGGAUGGACCUCAACGACGACGAUUCCACCAGCACCGACGAAGACCAACACAUGUCCAACGACGACGAGUCAGAGGACGACGAGCUCGUCGACUCCGACGAAGUCGAAUUCAUCCGCCGCGCCAACAACAAGCGUUCCGCACCCUCCAGAUCUAGCAAAGCCUCCAAGCGCCCACGCAACGCGCCUCGCUCCUCGGCAACGUCGACAAGGCGCACAAACGCCCGCAGGGCUCCUCGCAGAAAGGCUUCCAGCCGUCCACAGCGCCCGCCAAAGAUGCGAUUCGCACUCCAGCAGGAGCUGCCCGAGCCUUCCUUGGAUGAGCCCGACAACCCUACCCCGCCCGUCAUCGACAUACCCACCGAGACCACGCUUUUGGAAGACCACACCUUCAUCGACGGUGUGCCCGCGAUCUGCAGCUCGUCCGAGCACGAGGCCGAGCAAGAAGAAGAAGAAGACGAGUCUGCGAGCGAGCAGGGCUACACUUCGACCGCCUCCUACUCCGAAGAGGCCGAGCUCAUGGCCGCAGACCAGCCGUGCAUCGACCGACACUGGCCCGGCUGCAAGCGCUGCAAAGACGGCCCCGCUCUGCCGCUCUACAACAAGUCGCUCACCACACUCAAGAGACAGCAAACGCGCGAGCAGAAAAAGCGCCUCAACAAGUCGCCCGACCGCAUCGACUCGCGCGGACGCCAGCGCAAGGCGCUCAUCGACGACGCCUGGGGCGCCCUCACGCCAGUCCAGCAGACUCAGGAAUGGAUGGAAGUGCUCGAGGACCGCGGAGGUUGGUUCGAGUGCAGCACUUGCUCCGUCUCCUGGCACUGGGGCUGCCUUCCGCUCGAUUCCCAGAAAUCCAUCCUGCACACCAUCAACACAGAGGCCACCCGUCGCCAUCGCUCCAUCUUUGGCCAGUCUGCGCCGCCUCCCGAUCCCGUCCGCCGCAUCGACGUCGACGAGUUCGUCAACACUGCUUCCUGCCCCGACUGCGCCGGCUACGCUGCCCACUGCAUCCACUGCAAGGCCGACGUCAACGGCCAUCGUACCACCGAGGAGCAGCUCGGCAUCACACAGGCCAUGCUCGACGCCUACCCAAAGCCGCCCACCAACCUCACAGCCACCAGGCUCUUCCGCUGCAGGCGCUGCUCUCGUCCCAGCCACUACGAGUGCAUCGCACGCGCCUCGGACCAAGACGACCCCUCGGCCGAACACGCCGCCAAACUGGCCCAGGACGGCGGCUGGCUUUGCGCCGACUGCCACCGCUGGCCUGCCGUGGACAAGAUCAUCGCAUGGCGCCCGCUCGAUCGCAGCCAGUGGAACGACGACUCCAACCGCGCCUAUGCCGCCUUGCAUCCGCGCGAGAACCUGCCGCGCGAGUACCUCGUCAAGUUCAAAGACCGCUCGUACCGCGAGACCGAAUGGGUGCCCCACGACUGGCUCCGCAUCCUCCACCAGAUGGCGCUCAUGCAAUUCCUCGCAAAGGGCAGCCGUCUCGAGCUCGAGCCCGCCGAGCUCGUCGAGUCCGACCAGGCGCUCGCAAACGCGCGCAAGAGCCGAGCUUCUCUCGCACUUGGCGGUGGAGGCGCAGGUCGUGCGCUUGUCGAGGGCCGCGCUGUGACGCGCUCGAUCAAAAAGACGCUCAAGGUCGACGACAAGGGCGACGUCGAUGUCGGGCCGCCGUCUCCCAUGCACGAUGCGCAGCGCCGCAUCCCCAAGGCGUGGAAGACGCCCGACCGCAUCCUCGCCGUCAAGUUCUACUCCUCCAUGAAGAAUGAAGAUGGCGACGACGAGCGGAGUGGGGAUAUGGUCGAUUCGGACUCCAUCUCUCGCCACAAGCUCGACCCCUCCGACUACCUGCGCAGCUGGCAGCAUGUGGCAAAGCUGUACAUCAAGUGGCAGGACCAGCCCUACGAGGGCGCCACCUGGGAGGAUCCACCCACGCGCCGAAAGCAGGCAGACGUCUUUUACGAAGCCCAGGAGGCCUACCGCGCCUUCCUGGUGGCGCAGCAGAUCGUCUUCCCCGCGCUGACGCAGGACGAAAAGCGGAGGAAGCGCGAACGUCGCCUCGCCCGAUCCGGUUCGGGCUUCCGGGCGCUCGACGACCAGCCGUCGUGCGUCCAGGGCGGCGACCUCAUCGACUUCCAGCUCGAAGGCGUCAACUGGCUGCGCUACGGCUGGUACCACCAGAAGCCCGGCAUCUUGGCCGACGAGAUGGGUCUCGGCAAGACCGUGCAGGUCAUCACCUUCCUCGCCUCGCUCUGGAAGGAGGGCAAGGCUGGGCCGUUCCUCGUGGUCGUGCCCAACUCGACGCUGCCCAACUGGAUGCGCGAGUUCGAAAAGUGGAUGUCCCAGUUCCGCGUCGUGCCGUACUGGGGCGAGUCCGAGGCGCGCGACAUGAUCUCGCGCUACGAGUUCUUCCACUCGAAAAAGGCGCUCGCCCAGAUGGACGAGGCGACGCGUGCGAUCAAGUUCCACGUGGUCGUCGCUGCCGACUCGACCGUGAGGCUCGACUCGCUGCCGCUCCGCAAGGUCGAGAGCUGGGACGUGAUCAUCGUCGACGAGGGCCAGAAUCUCAAGUCCGGCAAGUCGCUGCUGCUCAAGCGGCUCAACGAGCUGCACGCCGAGCACCGCGUCAUCAUGACGGGCACGCCGCUCAACAACAACACCACCGAGCUCUUCAAUCUGCUCAACUGGCUCGAGCCCGGCGGACAGUGGAAGGACGUCAAGGCGCUCGAGGCCGAGUACAGCGCGCUUAAGCCCGAGGUGAUCGAAGAGCUGCAGCAGCGCCUCAGGCCCUACUUUCUGCGUCGUCUCAAAAAGGAGGUGCUCGAUCUGCCGCCCAAGAUCGAGCUCAUCGUGCCUACGUCGUUGCGUCCUAUCCAGAAGCGUAUCUACCGCUCGAUUCUCGAGUCGAACGUCGAAGACAUCCAGGCGCUCGCUGCCUCGCGCGGGCCCGGCGGCAAGCGCAACAAGAAGAGCACGUUCACCAACCUCAACAACACGCUCAUGCAGCUGCGCAAGUGCAUCCAGCACCCAUACCUCAUCGCGCCCGACCUCGAGACGCGCGAGGACGAGGCCAACUACGAGGCGACCUGGGAACACCAGCGCCUCAUCGAUGCGAGCGGCAAGCUGUCGCUGCUCCAGCGGCUGCUGCCCAAGCUCAAGGCCGGCGGCCACCGCAUCCUGCUCUUCUCGCAGUUCGUCAUCAACCUCGACAUCGUCGAGGUCUUCCUGCGCGGCGAGGGGUACAAGUUCCUGCGGCUCGACGGCGACGUGGGCCAGAAGCAGCGCCAGAAGGGCAUCGACGCGUUCAACGCGCCGGACUCGCCCUACUUUGUCUACAUGAUCAGCACGCGCGCCGGCGGCGUGGGCAUCAACCUCGCCACGGCCGACACGGUGAUCAUCAUGGAUCCGGACUGGAAUCCGCACGUGGACAUGCAGGCGAUCGCGCGCGCCCACCGCAUCGGCCAGACCAAGAAGCUGCUCGUGUUCACGCUCAUGUGCAAGGCCACCGUCGAGGAGCGCAUCCUGCAGGGCGCCAAGCGCAAGAUGAUGCUCGACCACCUCAUCGUGCAGAACCUCAACAACGAGGAGGAGACGCCCAUGGAGCUCGAGUCGAUCCUCAAGUUUGGCGCACAGGCGCUCUUUGCCGAGGGCGGCACCGAGGAGUCGGAGCGCGACGUGCGGUAUUCGGACAAGGAUCUCGACUCGCUACUCAUGCGCAGGGAGGAUGCGGAGGACGAGCCGGUCGCAGAUGCAGCUGUGCAGGCUAACGGCGAGGACAAGGGCACCUUCUCGUAUGCACGCGUUUGGGAGGCCGACGCGUCGGCGGCGACCACGGCUGCCGUUGCACCGACCGCUGUGGUCGACGACGACUUCUGGGCCGACUUGCUGCAGAAGCACCGCGACGAUGCAGCCAAGCGCGCGUCCGAGGCGCGCGAGAAGGAGCUGGCCGAGAAGCGCGCGUCGCGACGAGAUCGUAUCCGAAGCAUGCUCGAGGAGGAAGCCGACAAGGAGGCGGAGCCUGCGCCUGCCAAGGGCAAGCGCGGGCGUCCCAAGAAGGUGCCCCAGCAAGUUGUCGACGAGGACUGGAGGGCCACAGCGGACGCCGGCAGCGACAGCGACGACUACGAGAUGAUCGAUGCGGUGCUCCAGGACGAGGAGGACCUGCCGGCGGUGCAGGCGCUGCGCAGGCGCCAGAUUAACUCGUCCAACGCCGCCGUCGCUGCGGCUGCGGCGGCGGUCGCGGUCGCGGUCUCGGCAGCGGCCACAGCAGUAACGGUUGCUACCGCCCAGUCUGUCGCCCAGUCUGCCGCCCAGUCUUCUGCGGCUGGCUCGUCAGCUGGCGCUACGGCUGUGCCAAGUGUGCUCGCAGCGCCCCCUGCGCCUCGACCUGCGUCUCGACCAGCGCCGACGGCUGCUCGGCCUCUGGCGAUCAAAGCGAGCACGUCCAAGGGCGCGGCGACUGCCACCUCGCCCAAGAUCAAGAACGGGCCGCCGACGCUGGCCGGUCUGCAGCGGGAGCUGAUCGCCGAGCACCGGCUUCCGUCGCCAUCGCCGCUGCACGAUCUGGACGCGUCGCAGCCCGUGUCGGCGAUCCGGCCGGGCCAUCUGGCGGCGAUGCGGCGUGUGCUGCUGACGCUGCUGCCGGAGCACGACUUUGCGCGCGACGUGGCGGAGCGCGCGGCGAGCGGGCGAGCGCCGGACGUGCCGCCGCCCAGCAUGCGUUUCCAGCUGACCGAGACGCAUGUGGACUACUACAUGCAGUCGUUCGGCGUGCCGCGUCCGGUGUUUGAUGCGGCGUUCAGCAAGAUCCCCGAGGAGAGCAUCCCGCCCGAGAUUCUGGCGCUGCCGUACGGUGGUGCGAUUGCGCUCGACUGGCGCAAGAUCCGCGAGCUGCUGGUGCGCACCGCGACGUACAUGGUGGUGGCGCUGCGCACGCCCAAGAGCGAGGCGCCGUGGGUGCGCGCGAUCAUGGAGUGGGAGAAGAAGCGCGCCCAGGUGGCACCGGCGGUGAUCGAGAUCGCCGACUCGCCGCCGCCCGACCGCGAGGUGCUGGCGCCGCAGACGAUUACGGCGGCGGCGGGUGUGCUGGUGCAUGCGGCGAAGCGCCAGGCGUGGCUGGAGGCGGUCCAGUCGCGCGGGGACGAGGAGCUGACCAAGACGGCACGGUUGGCGGUGGAGAAUCCGACGUCGAGAUCGGCGCCUUCGGUGGUGCUUUUCGUGCAGGGCUUUAUGGAGGGCCGUAUGGAGCGUACUCCGUAUCUGCAGGCGAAGCUGUCGGUUCGAAACAGCCUCGACGACGCGCGUCGGUUUGUCGAUCCGGACACUGUGGCUAUGGCUGCGAGCGCGGUGGCGUCGCCUGGCAAGCCUACGAACCGGGUGAGUGCGGCGCUUUCGCGGCUGGCGGCGUUUUCGGGCGGCAGUCCGCGCACGGUGGACGUGUCGCGUCGCGAUCUGGGCCGGCUGAGCAUGGAUGUGGUGGUGAGCUCGCGCAAGCCACGCAUCAAGUCGAGCCGCAGCAGUGCCGGUACGCCGCGGCUGUCGGUAGCGCCCUCGGUCGACGGCAGCGUCGCCGAAAGCGUGGCUGAGAGCGACGAGGCGCCGAGCGAACAGACGUGCAUCAUCUGCGGCGGCGAGUUCCACUUCCUCAACAGGUGCCCCGCCAUGCAGGACACAAAUAGGGCCUCGGCAAGGUGGUUCCAGCUGUGCGACCAGCUUAGGGUGCUGCUGGAGAGGGGUAGGGGCCAUACGGACGCGGAUGUGGCGACGAUCAAGACGACCAUCAGGGUCAUGGCCAUCAAGCUCAAUGGUCCGAGGGCGCUGGCGGGCCAGGCUGUACUGGUGCCCCCCUUCGAGUAG